GGAGGUGAGGCGAGGCGCGGCGCCGACUGCAGCGGCGGCACGGGAGGACGGGGGCGGCGAGGGCUCUCCGCGGCGGCCGGCUGCAUCCAGCACCCAGCCCAACCCGGCCCGGCGGAGGGAAGAGCCAUGGGGAGCAGCCGGCGGUCGAGCUGCCGCGGAGAAACUCCCCUCCGGAUGUCGGCUGCCGGUGGCCUGGUCUGAGGAGGAGGAGGGAGGGAGGGAAGUGGCCGUAGUCGCGGCGGACUGUGCAAGUUGCGCUCUGCCCUUCUUCUUCCCGGGCCGUCUCCUACCCCCGGAGCAGCAUGCGGACUGGCCUCCGCGCUCCCUCGGCUGUGCUCUGGCUGCUGCCGCCUUCAGUGCAUCCUGCUGCUGGCAGCGCUCACCCGGGCGCUGGAUGAGACGGGAGGGGGGAGAUCGCUGCCGCGGUUCCGCCCGCUCCUUCAUGCGGGCUUCUGCUCCGGCGGGGGUAGCACCGCCGCUGCCGCCGCCGAGCCGGCCUGCCUUCCCCGCCGCCGCCCGCGGGGCUGGGGCGCUCCCCUCGCCCGCCCGCCCGCCCGGGGGGCCCGCAUGGCGUGCUACCUGGUCAUCAGCUCCCGGCACCUCAGCAACGGGCACUACCGCGGCAUCAAAGGCGUCUUCAGGGGACCGCUCUGCAAGAAGGGCGCUCGCUCGCCGGUAACUGCCACCUCCUCGCUCCCUCCCUCACUUGCUCCCCGCACGAGAUUGAAAGAUUUAAAACAAAGGGAAUUUGCUCGAAAUGUGGCUUCAAAGUCAUGGAAAGAUGAGAAGAAACAGGAAAAAGCACUCAAGCGUCUCCACCAGCUUGCAGAGUUACGGAAGCAGUCAGAAUGUAUCAAUGGGAGUGGACCAUUGCUUAAAGCCCCCAGAUUAGUCAUGGAAAAGCGGGAAUCACCAGAUGGCAUUUUUCUGUACAGGGGCAGCAAGUUCACAACCAAUUCUCAAAGAACCACCCCAAGUGAAGGACAAGGUUUCUCCAGCAGUGUACUAGAGAAACGUCAACUUAUCAUAAGCAGGCACCAGUCCCCUACUGAAAUACCCCAUGCACUUGGAAAUCAGAUCUCACAAGUGUUCCCAGAUAGCACCAAUAAUUCUCAACGGGCAGGAGUGUCUUUCUCAUUUUCUAAAAAAGCCCUUUUGAAGCUCGAGUCCUCAGCAUCAGUCUUCAGUGAGACAUCUGAAGAAGGAAAUGAUUGUAGUGAGUCCCCCAACCAUAAAACAAAGCAAGCUCCUGAGGGCUGUCGUUCUGGCACGCUUUUGGAAGAGGAUGUGAAAGCAAACUUGGAUAAAGGGCCACCUAUUACACAAGACCAAAUGGAUUUGGAUAACAGUGCAUCAAGUCAUGUAGCUGCGAAAGCUAAAAUGUUAAAGGAAAAUGAUAAAAGUAGUGAUAGAGAAUUAGAAGAAAAGGUCACUGCUCAUCCUUCAUUUUCCAAAGUCAAAAUACAGCUUUCAAAUUUAGAUUUUUCUGGUUCACUUAGAGAAACAGAGCAAGAGAACAAAUUGAAUGAGUCUGAGCAACUGUUAGAAACUUUCAUUUCACCUUCAUGUCAAGCUAGCAGUUUUUGUACACAGCCAAACACCUACAAGCACAGCAGUGCCCACCUGCCUGACCAGUUACCUCAGCUCCCACAACAGCCAGUGCCUGAGCUGGCGUGCGCAAGCAACAUUAAUGACAGUUCUGGGGUGGUAAAAAGAGAAAGAUCUUUGGAGAGUUCAGAAACCACAAAUAGAAAUGUGGAAACACUUCCAGGGGAGACCACUGUUAAAGAGGUUAAAUCCCAGGCAUUGCCUUUCCUCCAUGUAGUGAGCAAAGAUGGCACCACUGCUCUGCAGUGGCCCACAGAAUUGCUUUUGUUUACAAAAACUGAGCCCUGUAUUUCAUAUGGCUGUAAUCCAUUGUAUUUUGACUUCAGACUCUCUUUAAAUCACAGAGAUGGUAAACAGCACGAAACAAACAAAGAAAGCUGUAAAGAGCACUCUAUAAAUAAGACUGCAGAUGAAAAUGAAGCCUCAGGUUUAAUAAAACACAAGCAAAUGUCAAAUGAACAAGAUAAUCAGUUGUUGAAACCAAAGAAGAUGAAAGGUUCCCUAAAUCCAAGAAAGGCCAAGCAAGAAGCUGAGUCAGACAUAGGCAAUGAAAUGAAUGAAAAUGGUCAGAAAUAUAUUGCAGAUUAUUUGAAUGAAAAUAUACCCAAAGUGCCUGCUUACCUUGAUGUCUCACAAAAGGAUUAUGUGAGAGAAAGAAGUCUUCAUACAACAUCACUCAGAAGACCUUUAAAACAUAAUUUUCAUAGCUGUGAAAGAAAAAAACAGAACAUUAGAAAUGAAAGCAUUUCCUUUUCUGCUUUUAUGUCUAGGAUUAAAAAGUCUAAAGCUGCAAAAUAUCAUUUAGUUUAUUCUGAGGAAAAAUGUGAAAACCAAAAUGACUGCAGAUCCAUUCGAGAUGUGGCCAGCUGCAGCAGUGACGUAAGUGACAGUGGAAAAGACUCUAGUGGAAGUUUCCUUAGUUAUAAAUCAAGUUCAAACAGCACGUAUUCAGAAAAUGAAGGAUGUGGAAGUUUAACGAGAUGCUGGAGAUUCCCAUCUCCUCAAAAGUCCUCCUCUGACAGACAUUCCAUCUACUCUGACACUUCAGUUAGCGGUACGAGUAGUUACAUGAGCUACGUGAGUCCCACAUCAAACAAUCACAGCAGAAAUCAUUUGCUUUUUUACUGUAAAGGAAAAAGCAAGACAGCUGAAAAACACAAAUGUAAGCACAGAAAGCACAAGUGUGUAUUCACUUCUGAUGAUACAGACAAGGAUUAUCUUUGCCAUAGUAGAAGUCACAGAACUAGAAACUGUACACAGAGGGGAGCAAUUAAAUACCGAAGAUGUUCAAGACAUAAAGUUUUACAACACAGAGACAGAUCUAAACAGAGCAGAUGUAGACACCAGCAUUUUGCCAAAGUGCAUAGUAGAAAUAGAAGUUACCAUAGCUCCAAAAGUUGUUACACCAGAGAUUCAAGGAGCUGUGAAACAUCAUCUGGUAGCAGAAUGUCAAGAAGUAGCAGCUCAGGAUCCUUCUCAAAAGAGACUGACAACUGUGACAAAACAAAAGAGGAUGCAGAAAGAGGUUCUAACACUGAAUCGGGAAAAGCUGAAACUGCACGUUAUGACUCUCUGAAUGUGAAUGGUCAGUCAAAAAACUUUUUCACCUGCUCUUCUGAAACCAUGGAAAAAGACAUAUGUGGAAAAAGAAAGUCACUGACAGCCAAGUUACUUUUAGAAAGAGUACAGUCAAAGAAAACCAAGGAACAAAUUCACAAUUCAGAGAGAUUUUCAAACAGUUGUGGGGUAGAAUUAAAGGAUCACUCACAAAGUCACUUUGCCCUUCAGUUUUCAUCAUCAGUAGAUGACACUGCAGUGUUACCUUUGCAAGAGAAACUGCUAAGCAUAGGUGAAAAUGACACAGGCCAUAAUGAAAGGAGUUCGUUGGAAACCAGUGUGAAGAAAACCAACUUUGAAGCAUCAGAGAUAACUAAUGUUGCUCUUUCAACAGGCACUGAUUAUGAUCAUUGUCUUUUUAAAGACAUCAUUCAAAUAGGAACAGACUAUCAGAGCCCAAGCAUGAAAAGGAACACAGCAAUAAAGGAACAGUCCAAUCUCUUCCUUAGUGAAGUACAACCCUUUAUACAAAGCUGUGACCCAGUACCAAAUGAUUUCCCUGGUGCUUUUCCAUCUAACAGAUAUUCUGUUGUUGCUAAUUCAACAGAGACCAAAGAAGAACUACAUGAUGUAAACGUGGACUCAAACCGGGCAGAAGGCAGUUCAGACUCUCUUUGUGACAAUGCUAUGCAGAAGUAUGAUGACACAGUAAAUGACCUAGAAGUGUACAGUAAAUCCACCUCCCCUUCUUUAACGCAGCAGCCUAUCACGUUUUCACCGGAGGAAGUAGACAAAUACAGGUUGCUGCAGCUGCAAGCCCAGCAGCAUAUGCAGAAACAACUUCUGGCAAAACACCUGAAAGUUUUGCCUGCCCCAGGACCAGCUGCCUUCUCUGCAACACCAGCAGUUCCUGCCCUCCCUGUCCAGCAGCAUGCUACUGUCACCACCAUCCACCACACACUGCUGCAACAUUUUGCUGUCUCGGCAUCCAUACAUCCCCAUGGCAGCCAUCUCUCCCUGGCACACCUCCACCCCCUCUCUCAGGCACAUUUUGCCCCCAUAUCACUUUCCCCAUUAGCGCCUGCCCUCAUUCCCACCCACCCUGCUUUGCUGACAGGACACCCAUUGCACUUGGUCUCCACCACCCCCCUCCAGCCUUCCCCACUGACCUUCCCUGUAGUGCCACACACUGCAUAUAUCCCAGCCUUAUUUACACCACACCUGAAUGCAGCCACACAAUCUGCUAUAUAUCCAAAUCCCUUAGUUCAUCCAUUAUUGCAAGGGCAAGAGCCCCAUCACCAUUCUUGCUCUAGCCAGACUCAAGUUACCUACAAUAAAAGAGGUUUUCAGUGUAUCUAGCUAUUUAAACUAGCCCCAAAAAUUACACCAUGGCUCCAAACCCAAAUUUGAAUAAAAUAAAUUAUUCAGUGUUCAAUCACAUGUCUGAGGGGAAAUGUAAUGUUUUGCUGAGAGCACAAUGGCAAAUAUUUCAAAGUCCACAUUCUGGCUGACAGCAUAUGAAUGUUGAUUUAGUUCUCAUACCACUGAGUAAAAACUGGUUUAAAGCCUUUUAUCAUACUAUCACAAGGAGGAUGGAGUCCAGCUAGUGUCAUUUGACAGAAGGUUUGAAAAGAACAGCCUGAAGUGAAGUGUGUGACUGUCAGUAGGACUGGGACCACAGCACCCAGGCACAACAGGACCAAGAAUAUCAACACUGACGAGCGACUUAAAGUAGCACAAUUUAAGGUAGAGCAAUCUUGACACACCUCAGAAGUUUGCUUUUCUGAGAGUGUAUAUGCAACAGGAUAGUACUUGGUGUGGUUAAGGUAUUUCAGACUGAGCAAAAAAGAAGGUACAUGGGACUACAAGUCCCUGGUUCUGUCUCCUGGCCAAAAUAAACUGGUGAGCCUAAGAGUGAGGGGUGAUGAGUUAACACUGGAAAAAUAGGGUCACAGCAACAUCUCAAAGAUACCUUAUUGAAUUUAUCCUUGGGAUGUGUUGCUUGGACACUGUAAAGGGACUGCUGUCUGGCCACAGGUACCUAACAAAAAAUGCCCAUAGUGUAAGGGAACACUGUGCUGGCACAAGCAGGCUGCUACUUUUCUCCCUGAGCUAAGCAUCCCAGAAGGCAAGGGAAAGAAGGGAAUAAAGACAAGUUCUUUGGCAUUGCCUGCCUGUGGCUGUAGCACGGGCUAUGACAGGGGUGGGCUGCAGCAUCCCGGAGCUGCCAAGCAGCUAGUGCUGGCUUUGAACCUCUGAGGUCCUUGGCAAAGACUGCAAGAUUUCUUUCCUACCAGUGCUCUGCCAUGUGGGAGAGUCUUGCCCAAAGAAUGUGUAAAUAUGUGUCAUCCCUUUCACGAAAAAUUGGCUGGUCCUGUAAAAUCAAACUGAUAUUCAUAGAAAUGCAGAAGUAAAAUUCUGCGCCGAAACUGCCUCUCUAGGUCAAGUUUCAUAGAAAACCAUGUCACAAUUCUCAGCAUUUCAUGGUAUAUCAAAUCUAAACAAAUGUGUCAAGAUUCUUGCAUGGCUUCCCAAACUCUCAACAUACAAAUUGAAGUUCUGAAUCUGCAAUGUUUGAAUGCAUGUAUCCAACCUUCAGAGUAGUGCGUGGUUGAAAUUUCUAGUAAUAACUGUGUAUCUGGGAAAAGGUGAGGGCUUCAGCAUCUUUUUGAAUGGCACAUUUUGACUAUUUUUAUAAUGUUUCUAACUCAACAUGGGAUAUUAAGCAUGGAAUUAAGUUCAUAAUUGUGGUUAGAGUGAAGGCAUGCUUCCCAAUAUAAUUGGACAGUGAAGCGUCCAACAGACACUACCUGUUUGUUUGGAUAAGAAACAUUUGAAAUAAUUUCAAUUAAUUUACAAUACGGUAGUGCACAAUUAAUAAUGUAUCUUUCAGAAUCGAUGUAAAACAUAUUAAAAAACUUUUGGAGGAUUUUAUUCCAUUAUAUUUGGCUAUCUGAAGAAGCUGAGAAAUCUAAUUGCAAUUAAGUUGAGCAUUUAAAAUAGAACUUAGGGCCAAUUUUCUAACUUAGUUUUAAUCAAACCAGAUUGAUCCAUUGCAAUAGAAUGGAAUUAUUUCAAUUUUUAAAAGCAGCUGCUUCAGCAUAAACUGAUAUUAUGCUAAACUUUUCAAACAACGUUAUAAGUUGUGACUGCAUGUUUUGUGUUUUCAAAGUUAAAGUUGUUUUGGAUACUUAACAUUUUAGCCAUCAAAUAAAAGCUGUAAAAAAAACAUCUGGAGACUGAGCAGAAGUGAAACAUUUUUGUAUUGAAAAAGAUUAGUGAAGCCAGCACCCUUGGAUAUCUUUUGGUUGGAUUCCCAGCUGAUUUAUUAAUUUCAUUAACAAAAUGGAUUCGUGCCAUUUUGAGGUUACUUAUCUUUAUGAUUUAAUUUUCUCAUUUUAAUUGUAGGGAACUUUCCUUUCAUUUCUGACUGAAAAUACUACCAAAAUAAGAUCUGAAUUUACAUAUAAUUUCUAUGCUUCUGAAACUUUAUUUUCUGAGAAUCAAACAUAUUUCACUGAAUGUGACUUAACACCUCUGAAAAUUAAUACUUGCUUGCUUGGAAGGAGAUCCCUCACAUAGUGGAUGACUUGGAAACAUUAGUUAUAAUUCUGUAGAAACACUCUGAAUUGGAUAUUUUAAAGGAGCAGGUCAACCUGUGCCCUACAAGAGGCUCACUGAUCUGCACAGCCAUCACCACCACUUCAGGGCUAAUACCAGCCUCAAAGAUGCAUUUCCAGACCUACAAACUUUUAAAUUUAUGGUCCCAGUUCUUCCUAUUCAAGAAAAGCCAACUGUUCUCACUGUGUAUAAAAGUUCCUCUGAAUCCUAAGUAGAUAACACCAAGAGAAAAAAUUGGAACAGAAGAAAUGACAGGUUAAUCUCAUCUUUAAUGUGUACACACACAUUUUCGAUCCCUGCUUCUUACAGGCAGUGUUAAUAUUGUAGAAAUUCCUAUGGCAAGAAUCCUGACCAAUUGAAAUUUAACAGUAUCCUACUACAUAGAUCAUUUAUGGAAAACAAUUAUAUAUGUUUCCCUUAAUGCAUGCACAACACAAUGGGGUUUUGAGAAGGAACCAAAUCAUAGGAUGUCCAUGCACCAUUGUAUAUACCAACAAGGAUGAUCUGGUAAGGGGAAUAAGUAGACAAUAAAGAUUAAAUUUAAUUCUUGGAACAAUGAGAAUUAGGAUUUUGAUAGGUAUUGAUGGAAAAAUAAGAGGUUAAGAAGGAACAGAAACAGCACAAUAGCAAAACAGCAAUCAUUGACUACCAACAAAGGGAAUAUCCAAUGAUGUUCUUAGCACGCAGAAGGAAUUUUCUUGGAGAAAUGUAAUAAAAUUACGAGCACAUCUGAGAUAAAAUCCUUGCUCUACUUGCUGCCAUAUUUGUUUUUCAUCAGUAAUGUAUUUUAAAUAUGUAUUAUUACUAAUAUUAAAAUCAUAAUUGAGCCUGAUAUAUGGAGCCGUGCUACAAUUUUGAUUUUAUUUAAAAUGAUUUUUAAAAGAGUUACAGUAUCUCGGUGGCAGCAAUAUAUACACUCCAAGUUAAUAAUCUAUUUUACCUUAAUAGUAUAUUCCUGAUACAUAAUCCAAGGAAACAGGUCACCCACACUGUAAAAUUCCAAUAACAAAAGUUUCCUGAGUUACACAAUGAUACAUUUUUUUUUUCUUUGUUUGGGUUUUUUUGGUGACUGAGGCACUUCUGGAAUAUAUUUAACAUGUAUAUUUGUUGUGCAGAUUUGCAUAAAAAUACCAUUUGUCCAGAUUGAUUUUAAAAGUGUUAAGUUUGUAUUUAAAACUGGAUAAUACUCUGGCUAAUAUAAUAUGUAAAGUAGUAAUUUUGUUUUGUAUUCCCUGUAUAAAGUGUUUUAUAUUAUACAGUAGCUAAGUGAAUUGCACUAUUGUACAUGCAGCGCGGCUUUUUUUUUUUAGGUUAUUCAAGGAAUUCCUGGGAAUGUAGUUUAAUGCAAUAAUAUUUUUUUUCAAUAAAAAGGCUUACCGGUA